ACAUAAUCAAGAAACAUUAUCAAAACAAGUAUCUACACCUCAAACUAUUGUUGAAGGAGAACAAUUACAAUUUCAAGAAGAAUACUACAGCAAUGAUAAUGAUGAAAUGGAUACAAAAAGCAAUAAUA